GACACAUGAGUCACCAGCUGGAGGAGGGGGAAGAGAUGUGGCUGGAUGUGCAGCUGCGCUCUCACCAAUGCGCACUGGGAGGAAUGGAGGAUGAUGUCGUGACCGCUGCAGGAACGCAACUGAUGUUUUUCUCUCCAAAUUGGAGGUAAAUGUGUGUCAUUGGCUUGGUGGAUGCACUGGAGAAGACAACAUGUUCUCACACCUGAUGUCGACGUAGAGGACAGCAGGUGUGCUGCGUUGUUUUGCUGAAUUUCUCCGCAUCUCCACAGUGCUCAUGUUUGGAGGUUGUGACCUGGCAGGACUCUCCCCUCCUUUAAGCCUUAAGCCUGAGCAGCCAGUGUGCGUCAGCCAGCAGCAGCAGCUCCAGCACACUCUCAGCAAAUCUCCGUAUGGGUGAAGUGUUUUUGUUGACAUUGUAGUCAGCGCCAGUGGUCGUACUUCCCUCCUGUGAUCCUCCCUCCACAUCCAGCCUUAACAUGGGGGAGGUCAUCCAGAUGCACUUCACCACGGUGGACUAUGUCAUCUUUGUUUUGCUGCUUGUGGCCUCGGCUGGCAUUGGCCUGUUUUAUGCCUUCUCUGGUGGGCGUCAGCGUACGACACAGGAGUUUCUGAUGGCCGACCGCUCCAUGAGCUGCCUGCCUGUGUCUCUGUCCCUGCUGGCCACGUUCCAGUCAGCAGUGGCCAUCCUGGGCGCUCCAUCUGAGGUCUACACAUUCGGGACAGAGUACUGGUUCCUGGGCUGCUCUUAUUUAUUGGGUCUGCUCAUCCCAGCUCAUGUAUUUAUACCAGUCUUCUACAGGCUGCGGGUGUCCAGCGCCUACGAGUAUCUGGAACUGCGUUUUAACAAGACGGUUCGCAUAUGUGGGACUGUGACCUUCAUCUUUCAGAUGGUCAUUUAUAUGGGAGUUGUCCUGUAUGCUCCAGCACUGGCUCUAAAUGCAGUGACUGGAUUCAACCUAUGGGGAGCAGUGCUGGCCAUGGGAUUAGUGUGCACUUUGUACACUGCUCUGGGGGGCCUGAAGGCAGUGAUUUGGACCGAUGUGUUCCAGACAGUGGUGAUGUUUGCUGGCCAACUGGCCGUCAUUGUGGUGGGGGCCAGUCAGGCAGGAGGUAUAGCAGAGGUCUGGAAGAAGGCCACCAAUGGCAGUCGCAUUUCUGGACUAGACUUGAACCCAGACCCUCUAGAGCGCCACACCUUCUGGACGCUUGCUGUCGGAGGAAUCUUCCUGAUGUUGGCCCUGUACGGUGUCAACCAGGCCCAGGUCCAGAGAUACCUCAGUUCGCGCACAGAGAAAGAAGCUGUCAUGUCCUGUUAUGUAGUUUUCCCCUGCCAGCAGAUCGUCCUGUGUUUGGGUUGUAUGAUGGGUCUGGUCAUGUUUGCUCGCUAUGGAGAGGACAGUCCUCUGGAUCAGGGCUACGUCAAGACUAAUGACCAGAUGGUGCUGUAUUUUGUGAUGGAUGUGUUCAGGGGCCUGCCCGGGCUGCCAGGACUGUUUGUGGCCUGUCUCUUCAGUGGAGCUCUCAGCACCAUCUCGUCAGCUUUCAACUCCUUAGCAACAGUAACUAUGGAGGACCUGAUUAAACCCCAUUUUCCAAAUAUGACUGAAACCAGGGCCACACUACUGUCCAAGGGACUAGCUUUGGUUUAUGGGCUAGUGUGUCUGGCUAUGGCCUACAUUGCCUCCAUAAUGGGAUCUGUGCUGCAGGCAGCCUUCAGUAUCUUCGGGAUGGUGGGUGGUCCUCUGCUGGGACUCUUCUGCCUGGGAAUGUUCUUCCCCUGGGCAAACCCCAUUGGUGCGGUGGUUGGGUUAGUAGCAGGUCUUGCCAUGGCCUUCUGGAUCGGGAUCGGCAGCUUUGUGAUGCGCAUGUCUGGUUCCACACCAGUUCCUCCCCUCAACACCACUGCCCUUCCACCAUUUGAUAACAUGACUACCACUGUCAUGACCACACUGCUCAGCGCCACAACAGCCAAGCCAAGGCCGACGGGUGUUGAGGCGCUCUACUCGUUGUCCUACAUGUGGUACAGUGCUCACAACUCGGCUACUGUGGUGGUUGUGGGACUGAUAGUCAGCUUCCUGACGGGUCCUAUGAAGGAGAAGGAACUGACACCAGGUACAGUUUUUCCGGUCCUCGGCACGCUGCUCUUCUUUCUGCCUGAACGCUACAGAGAGAAGCUCUGCUGUGUCACUCCUCUGGCUCAGAAGCCCAAAGAAAUCAGCUCACAGCCUUAUCAAAUGGCCAAGAAAGACAGCAACGGAGCAGCGUACUGCAAAGAGGACACAGUCACAGAGGACAAGGAGGCAGAAAGCGACAAAGCACAAACCGAGGACGAAGAUAUGGAAACGAGGACCGCUCAGCCAUCCUGCCAGCUUACGGCUCACACGGUUCAGGAGACGGCCUUGUGAUUCUUCUUUCUCCUCCUUGGAAAGCGCACAAGAUGCACACAAACACUUUCACCCUAACUGCGGUACCAUCCAGUCCCUCAUAGGCAGGGCAACAGAAGUUCACCACAAAUGAAAGGUUCUUGAAGACCUGCAGCAGAGUUUUGUUGUUGCUACCGCGUCAGUUAAAUUGGAUGAAGGAGCAGACUUAUUGAUUGCAGUAUCCAUGCGGGGAGGAAAGCUGUUUUAUCAGCACCUGCUCACAAGUAAUCUCAAACAAAAAAGAAAACGACUUGAAAUCAACUUCUGUCAGGCUGGAACUGUGCAUUUGAAGCCCUAACGGCAGCAGUGUGAAGAAGUUCGUCAGUCGUUUUUAGUGACGCUGACCACACUUGGAGUGCACACACAGGUUUUCAUAUCUGUCCAGAUGUGUGCAGUUUGAAACUCAGACUGCUGUCGUGCACAAUGAGCUGCUCUGUUUUGACAAAAAAACAAAAGAAUCAGGUAGUUAAUAGAUGCAAGAUGUAAUAUGUGUUAUUUUUGUAGAGAAGAUGGAACUACCAAAUCCCAGAAUAUGAAGAAAAUAUAAUGUAAAAAUGUCGGGAGAACUUUAACGGAGGGCAUGUGCUACUGUGAUAGUGUAGUGUCUUUACAUGGCCUUGGUUUAAUACUAAUAGUCGCCUUCUAGCUGCUUAUAUGGAUGUCUAAAUCGGAGUCCAUGAAAGCAAAGCUGUGUAUUCAGAUGAGGGCAGAGAUGGCAUCUCGUGGUGGCAGUAAAUCCUCAUCUACCAUUACAUUGUUGCUACAAACAGAAAAGAAAACUACCCUGUCAGUGUAAUCAGAAGAGCUUAAUAUGUUCCUUUUAAACUAGUGCACGUCACACAGACUUUACUCCUGUCAUCCAGGGUUUUUUGCGGAGUAAUAUACAUAGUUAACACUCCAAUUGGACAUACAAAUGAAAUCCGACACAGUAGACUGAUAAUGAGCGGUCUGGUUUCAGAUACAGCCAGCAAAUUUGAGCUUCUGAAGAAGAUGGUGAGAUAAUUGUCAAAAAUAUACAACCAAUAGUUCAGUUUCUUUUCCCUGGAAACAAUACUCGCAUGUGGUUUUGUUUAGAGUUCCUGUAUAGAAGAGUUGCGACAACUGGGGAUUUGACGCCAUUUUGUUUCCAUUCACUGUGCCACGUACUAAUGCACCCGUGACUGUGUGUGUACUUGCUUAGCGCGCUGUGUUUUAUUUGGAUUUUUACAUUCUAAGCUUUCUAGUCAUCGUUCAAAAGUAAAAAAGGAUGAUUGCUUAUCAAUAGUAAUGUUUUUUUUUUUUUUUUUACAAUUUAGAGAACAGAUUUGUGUAUGAAGACAGGAGAAACGGAAAGGGGGAAGGGACACUUAUGUAGACUCAUUUGAGCAAUGCAAAAUAAUUUGCUUCGGCAUUCUGGUAUAUCAAAUUGUAGGUUUUUUUUUUUUUAAUUUGGGUGGGGUUUUGGAGGUUUAUUUUCAUUUUAUAUAUUUCAAUCGGGACAGGAAAACAGGAGAUGUACACCUGGAAGCUCCGAUUGUAAUCGUACCCAACAGUCACCAGUAACACAUCUCCAUGCAUGAAUAUGGUCAAAGUCAAAAUAACCACAACUGCCUAAAAUCACAUCAAACUUUUCUAUCUGUCAUUCACCCAUACAUCAUAACAUGAAAGUACAUACAUGGGACUAACCUGGCACAAAAACAAUGAUCAAGUCGGACUUUAUUUUCCCACAGUUUCCUUCUUUCACGAUCACUGGGAAACCUAAACAUGUGGAAUCCCUUCUCUGACCGAUUUGUGCACCCAAAGGCACAAUAGCCCGUCAUUUUUCAUGGAAUUUAGGAAGCGUUGGAAGACCUGGAAUUACUCUCUGCGGUGUAAACGUUAACAGGAAAACCCGACGUUCAUGAAUUGGAAACAAAAUGGCGCCCCUAGGUCACGUGACCAAAUUUUUUUGGACUCGUCAUGUCGCAACUCUUCUAUACAGGAACUCUCGUUAUGUUGUUUCUUGAGAAAGAAAGAUUACAGAAGCCAUUUAAGUAAUAUAUGAAAGAAUUAGUUCACAUUUUUAGUCUGUUUGAAGACGUAGUGAUGGCCAGUUAUGAUUUAAUCCUGAAAUGAUUUUUCUCAUCUGUAAUAGAGAACGAAUUCCAGUUUCUGUGCAAACAUCAUUUCUAAAAUUCAACUGAAGAUCAUGAGGGUUAUGAGUUGCGUAAAAAUAUAUAAAUAUCUGCUUGAGGUCAACCGAUAUGGUUUUAUUCAGAUACAAAUUUAUUUAAUCUCAGAGCCAAAUGAUCGAUAUUUGGCACUUAUAGACAUCUGCUAAAAUGUAAACACACAUUCAAGCACAAGUUAGUUAAAAUACCUUUUUUUUAUUUUACUUUCACAUGUUUAUUGGAAGGAGAACUUUUCUGCAUUCAUCGGUCAGUGCUGAUUGGCUGACAUGUAACCAGUCAGAUCGUGAGUACUGACUGCAGAUGGAGAAAAUCAGCAGAUGGAGAAAAUCAGCUGCAUCAGAGCCAAAGUAGCACAUUUUAAAUGAACUUUUUAUUGAUCUGUCUAAAAAGAAAAAAAAAAUGCAAUAAUCGAAAAAUUAUGAAGAUCACAUCUAAUUAACUGUCGGUUGAAUAAUCAUUCAACCACUAGUAUCUUCCUGGUUGCUGUGUUUCAGCACAGAAAUCAUUUUGUACAUCAUUAUGAGACAAUGCUGAGCUGCAGUUGGAAGAAUCAUAACACGGCUUCCAUUCCAUGGCUGCAAUCAUGUCAGGAAGGAGUGUCUUUACCUCCAGUACUAAACCGAAAACUGCCAAUACACAAAUAUAGGCAUGUGAGCAUUGUUUUAAGAUGGAUUAGGAUUGAUUCAUUAGCUUUAAGGAAGCUAUGCUUUAAAAGGUGCAACGGAAAAAGAGGAUUGAAUCUGUGGGUCAAGAGUUUGACUUUUAGGCAUUUAGCAUAAUUCACAAUCUACUAAGAAGACCAGGAAGCUGCCCACGAUGCCAACCAGGAGUGUGUAUAGUGUCUUUUUUAAUUUUUAUUUUAAAAUACUCUUUGCGUAGUUGCCCUUUGUUUUAGUCUUGGUGAACAUACCCAAAGCAGUUAAAUCUGUCUGGAUAUGUUGAUCAUAGAGACUCCAUGAAGUUAUAAAGUGCCUCACUGACCGAAUGUUUGUCGAGUUCGUGUUUGCAGCACACCAUCAUUAGAUGUCUUUACUUUUUUCUAACUCUACAUGGUUUAAGCACAAAUAGUCUCCUAGAUUCAUGUAGAACAUUCUUACAGUUCUUCAUGGGUUUAACCUCUGCUCCCAUCUGAUGACAGUUCUGCUCUGAAUCACACAGAAGCCAUCUUGAACCUCUGAGAAGGACCUACUUAAGCUUCGCAAGGCAGUUACUUGACAUAUAAAGAUAAUUCAGUCAUCUCUGGUAGUUCUUCUUUGAAGUGACCGUCUAUUUUUCCUUUUUUUUUUUUUCCCUUUAAAAAAAAUCAAUUCAGGUUGUUGUCAGUGCCAGUAUGUGAUCAGCAGUGUGUGGUUUGAAUACUCUGAACAUCGUCGUCAUGGCUUUUUGGAAUCUGAGAAUUCUUGAUCCAUCACCUUUAUUUAAAAAUUCAUCCAUUCAUCGUGUCCGAUGCCGUCGCGUGUCCAGUGUUUGGUGCCAUCUGUGCCCUUGCAAAUGGACCCCGUGUCCAUGUUUUGUCAUGUGACUGACUACAUUUGCUCAGCCUGUAGUAACCAAACCAGUCUGUCAUUUUUCCAAAGAGUUCACUGCAGUUUAUGGAGAGUCCAUCCGAACCAAACUGAUGUUUACCUCCAUCUCAGCUUAGAGGACUGUACUAGGAAGUCAGAUUAGCGGGUUAGCAGGUAUGUUGAGCUUUAAGUCAGAGUUUCAGUGUCUCGAAGGUGGUUUCCCCCCUCGCUAGAGCUCCCUUUUUACUGAUGCUGUGGAGCUAACCUGGUCUGUAGCAGGUUCAGAGUUUCAGAUUUAAAUCAGCUGUAAGAAGCAUUCCCCUUUAACGAAAGCAUUUCUUGAUCAUUCUCUGAUACAGAUUCUCAGCUGAGGGAAAAUGUUACAUCCGCAAACCUGUUGGUCUCUCUAAUGCCAAUGCCAUCAAACAAAGUCAUGUCAUUACAGUCUUGCUUGCUGUGGACAUUGUAUUGAAACGGAAUCCUACAAGUAUUUAGUUGGUGGUGCAGAGAAAGCAGAAAGAAUGUUUUCAUGUUUGGUCCGUUUAGCAUACAAAGAUUAGAAAACAGAUUAUUCUACUGGUAUUUAUUACAGAGAAUAUUCAGUCAGUCUUCCUAAUUUCACUUUGAUUUGGCCACAUAUUAAAGUAACAUCCUGCAUUCUGGGACAGAGUAAGACCUAAAUACAUUUCAAUACAAUAUGUUUUAAUGUAUGAAGUUUAACAGCUUGAAUGUGCAGCUGGCUGUUAGAAAGAAGCAUCUUAGCUGUAUUUAUUGGUAAAAUACUUAUACUGCGCACAGUUUUCUACCAGUUGUAGCACUUUUUACAAUAAUUUUUAUAGUCCUUGUUGCUCUCCAUCAUAACAACCUUUUGACUGAAGUAAGCAGAAUGCCAUCAGUUGAUUUUGUGCCGAAGACGAGUCGGAUAACCUGGGGAACAGCCACUUUUAUGUAAACGUGCACCAAAUCUAAUGGAAAAAAAGUCUGAUUUAACAAAGAAAGUUGAUAACCACCUUCGUGCCAUCUGUUAUCGCUGACUGGAGCUUUGUUUUUUGUCGAGCCAACUUUGUCAAACUUUCUUCGUAGUGCAGUCCUCAGUAGUCGAUAACCGUGUCUGUUGACAUCUUGAUAACUUCAUGUCUCAGUUGCCUUACAAAGUACUUUAGAGUUCCUUUGCUGGAGUUGUAUUUUGAGUCGAGGCCAGACAAUCAAGCAACAGAAAGAAGUAGCACAUCUCACUUAUUUCAGAUUAAAGAUUAGACUCUCCAGACCGCUGUGUCCUCAGUGUGACGGAACAUUGAGCUCUUUUACAGUCUGCUACAGAACCAGCAUGCUUGUACCAUCAUCCCCACCCUCAAAUACCUCAAUUUUUAUCCAAAGCAUAUAGAAUAUGAAUCUCUUUCAUAUUAUGUUUUGUUUUGUUUUUUUCCCCUUUGACCAAUAGAACGUAUAUCUGAGGUCGUAUUUGUAUAUUUUUGUAAUUUCACACAAAGCCUGCACACAUUUCAGGAAGUGAAAUGUGUCUUUCUAUAUGCAAGAACCAUGAAAAGUUGAGGUGAAUGUGAAAGGCGAGGCAGAAUUGGAAAUGUAGCAGCCACCAAGUCAUGGAAACGACCGGAACAUAGUCAUUUCUUUGAAUAUUAUAUUUUCAGAACACUAACACUCUUCACUGCUGACAACAUUUCUCACAUGAAAUGUUUCAGUUACAGCACGUUUUUUUUUCUUGUUUUUUGUGCUGCAUCCCAAAUUGUCAAAUUCACACGUAUUCAAAAUCUUUUAAUGGUUCCUGAAGUUGUUGAACUACUUUAUAAUUGCAUAUGUCGAUGUGUAUUUUAUUUAUGAUCGAAUCUUCUCCUCCUUACCUGAAAUUACUUGAAGUGUGUGCCUGUGAUGUUAAUGAUACAGAUUAAACCCUCUUUACUAUGUGAGGGAACGUAUUUCAAGAGCUGACACACUGUACUAAUAACAUUACUGCUGUUAAUGUGUCAUUAAUAAGCCCAGACUGGGUGGAGCACUGUGAUAAUAAUGAAUACGAACACAGAGAAUAAAGCACAAUGAGGUCAGUAUUCAGUAGUUCUGUAUUGAAACAAACUGACUGAAGCCAUCAGGAGGCAAGAAGCAGCUAAAAUUCUCUGAAGUCAUUUUAAUGAUAAAAAUGUCAACUUGAGGUCUUCUAUAAGUGUCAUAAAAGCUCAAUCUGUUGAUCGGUGGCCUUUUUACGGUGACGCGGUGACCCAGCAUGGCACUUAGUAAUUUCCAGCAGCAAUAAAUAUUGUUCUGAACAAUAUUUAUUCUAUUUGUUCUCCCAUCUGCAAGAAUUCUACCUAAUGUGCAUUCCAAAAAAAUAGAAACCCCAUAAGCACUGAAGUCGACAUGACUCCUCUGCUUUGGCUGUGCCUUCAUUUUGUGAUAACGUCUUAUUUUUAUUUUUUUUAGAUCCUGAUGUACUUUUCGUAUUUAUCCCAGGCUAUUGCCAUGUUGCAAUACGAGCUGAAACAUCUGUCCAGGACUGGACCAAACCCACAUUUCUGAAUGAAUGAAUAAAGUCUAUGGAUGUAAUCGCCUGUACUUCUGUCCCAGGACAGAUGAUGCUGAUGGAAGAGUGUGACGCUGAAACUGGUGCAUGCUCCUUUAAUUCAGUGAAAGGCAAAGCUGACUAUGUUUGAAUCUGUUGUCAUGUUUCACUGUUUGGAUGUAUGAAUAUCAGAUUUGUAAGUUUGAUGUACUUGAAUUGAGACAUUAAAAAUGAUAAUGACAAAUUCA